AUGAGGUCCAACGCUGGUGGAUCAUCUGAUGCUGCUACUACUCCUUCUUUUGCUGCUGCUCCAUUAUCUUUGCUUGCGUUCCAACUUCCAACAACGGGUCUAUGGCCUUUGUCCACACAUGAACUGAAUCACCGUCGCAACAUCAAGAGGAAAUACAGUGUCAUCGAGGUAUUUGUUGAAGAUCUUGAUUUGUUUGAGAUGGAAUUGGAUGAUUUUGAACCCUUAUUCGGUGAACCCAACGUAGAGUGGUCAGCUGCCACUGCCAGCCAAGUCACGACUCCCGUCCGUCCAUUCUUGUUCCAAAUUCAUGCUCCCGACUCUUCUAGCCUCGGAGUUAAUGUUACUGACUUUUUCUCAAACAGUUUUGGGGCAGUUCGAUCAAUUCAACAGCUCGAGGAUAUGAGGGAUGAUACUGGCAUUGGUGGUUCCUGGUCUGAGUUUCUGGAAUACCUUGUUAAUUCAAUAAAGUUCGGGGAUGUGAAGCUUGUUUUGGAGGGGCAUCGAAAAUCAGAUGGACCCGAAUCUGCUAGACUAGUUGCUCAGAAGUCAAAAGGAAUGCCUCGAAUCUCUGUGUUUCUGCUUAGGCUUGUUGGCACUGCUGCAAAUGAGGUGAUGGCGAGGCUUUCUCUUGAUCUGUACAAAGCAUUUAAAAGCAGUCACAAACUGCUAGUUCAAGAGCAAGACGGUUGUGACCAAUUGAGAAAAAUGCUUCCAGCUGCUGAACAGGAAAAGAGUGAACAUAUUCAGACACAUGUUGAUUUCCCACUUCAUUCAAAAAGGCACAAGAUUCAUGAUAAAGUAACCUCUUCAUCUGCUACCACCACCUUCCAUGAUGUUUCAGACAAACAAGCUGAUCAGAAUCCAAGCCCAAUGAAAGCGUCUAACCGUGUAGUACCAGCACAUCGCAGAUCAAAAGUAAGAGGGGUUCUCCUACAAGAUACUGAAGAUGAUGAUUAGAUAGAUCUUUGCCUCAAACACAAAACACAAAUAUUGCUUCAUUUCUUUUUCUUUUAUAGAAUCAUGGUUGUGUUUCCUUUUUUAGUUUUAUUUGUUUCUUUGUGCCUAUCUCUUUCUCUUGCUCACACUUUUGCACAAGCCACGUUCUAUCCUUUUGAGGUAGAGGAUAGGAUUGGUUUGCAUAUAUCUCGCUCUCAGGCCUUACUUGCGAGUGGGAUAUACUAGGUUUGUUGUUUCUGGUUUCUUGUUUACUAA